AUGGUGUCCCAACGAGAUCGUGAGAUUCUGCGCGACGAUUUACGUGCUCGCGGUACAAAACUCAGCGUAGCAGAACGCGAAGCCUUGCUCAAGAACUAUCUCCCAGACCCUGCCGAGCUAGGUCAGAAACCAGAAUCGACUGUCAGCGAGCGUAAGACACCGCGCAAAACGCCCAUUCGCACAUUUCUCAAGUCGCAAACCCACUAUCUCACCUAUGCAUUGACUCAUAUCAUCUUCGGUAUUGUCGUGCGUCUUCUGCAGGCGUACCAUGCCGUUGUCGAUCGCAUUUUCGCAAUCGUCUAUCACCACCACCGUACACCGGAGCUGAUUCGGAAAGAUGUGAAGAAUCUCAAACGCUUACCGCAGCAUCUGAGUACAAUUCUCACCUUGCGGAAGGAAGAUGAUUCUCUCGCGGUCUUGAUGGAUGAGGUUGCUGAAUUGGCAGCCUGGAGUUCGUGCUCGGGAAUUCCGCAGCUCAGUAUAUACGAGAAGUCUGGCGUCCUUAAAUCCUGCAUUCCAGCUCUCCAUCAAAUAAUCACCACCAAACUCGCCUCCUACUACGGCACCCAUAGUCACCAACCAAACCUCCAACUCUACGCCCCUCACCAUCCAGUCCACCGCAGUACACCCAUCACAACAAACCCGACCCUGACAAUCCUACUUCUUUCCUCAACGGACGGCCGUGAGACCCUCGUCGACCUAACUAAGACCCUAGCAGAGAUGAGCCAGAAUGGCAGGCUCUCACCGGAAGAUAUCACGCCGGAACUGGUUGACGCGGAGAUCAGUGAAAUCACGACACAGCCACUGUCUAUGGAUCCCACGUUGUCAAAUACGGUUCUCAAACCGGAGCCAGAUCUGUUGCUUGUUUUUGGACCGUUCCUUAAGCUUGAUGGGUAUCCACCGUGGCAGCUGAGGCUGACGGAGAUGUAUUGUACUGGUGGGCGCAGUCAUGGACUUAGUGGAGAUGGAGAGGCGGUCGAGUAUCAGGGCUAUAUGCGUGGCCUUUGGCACUUUGCUGGGGCGCAGAUGAGGUUCGGUAGGUAG